UUUUCUUUUCGCAGGUAGACUGAUAUGAUCCAGAACCGGUGGUACCUAAGUUAGUAACAAAAGGAAAAACCAUCAAUUUUACAAAUUACACACUUUAGUACAUGUGUUCUAAAUUAUUUUUUAAUGAAAUUUGGAAAAUUAUUUUGAAAAUUCUGUUCAACACAUGGAAAAAAAAUUUUUAAAAACACUUUGAAAAAUAAUGUAUAAAAGUGCUAGGACAAACCAACUUUAAAGUAGUUUUAAUUUCCUGCUCGACAUGAAAAGAUAUCUUUCAAUUGUAAUUAUAACGCUUUUAGCGAUUUUAAACAACAUUCAGACUUUGCCCACCCGUGACUUAACGGAUGAAGAUUGGGAAACACUGCUUGAACUUAUUGGAAAAUCCAAAAAUUUACCCUCUAACAACAAUGAAUACUACGAAUCAUUUACUCUUAGGCCAAUUAUUUUCAAAAUGGAUUUUGAUGAUAAAGCCAAUAGAAACGAUUUGACUGGCAAAAUACCAAUAAAGUUUAAUAAGAAAAUCGCAACAGUUCCGUUAGAAAAAGAACCAGAAGAAACGAGUGUAUGGACAAGCAUUAAAUCUUUUUUCGCUAACGAUUUAAACUCGAUCGCUAAGGAAGUGGCCGAUAAUUAUAAUCCUAUUCCACCCAUUGUCUCGGUUAUCGAUGAUGUAAAACGCAGUGACACUUGGGUUGAUGUCAACACAUUUUUCACAAAGGGCUAUAACAGAUUAUUGAAGUUUUCAGAAGGUGUAAUUGAUGAUGUUAAAGCCGCUAUCAAUGAAGAAAAAUGAAACUCAAUUUAAAAAUUAAUAGUUGAUGAUAAUUGAAAUUAAUAAAUUGAAAAUUCUUUUAAAAAUAUUUCGAUUUUUGAACA